AUGAUUGAGGAUAUCUCUUCCGUUCCUGGCUAUAUCAUCUUGCGGGAAGAAGCCAGGGAUCCUGCACCCUGUCCUUCUCAAGAUUUCGGCCAACCCCAUCCCCUUGAUCAGCUAUCUGUUGAAGAGAUUCGUCUCGCAGCACGCCUCAUCCGUGAAAACUGCAGCUUCACCGAUUUCAAGUUCAACUGCAUUACUCUCCGGGAACCAAAGAAGACCGAGUACGCCGCGUUCCGUUCAGGAAAUGGUCCCCGACCUUGUCGCAAGGCCUUUGCCAUCAUCAUUGAGAAGGUGACUAGCAAAGUUGCCGAGCUCAUUGUCGACCUUACCAACGGCCAUGUCGAAUCUCAUCAGCUUCGUCCCGGAGCAGGCCCUAUCAUGAAUGUUGAGGAUAUGGAUGUCUGUGAGCGAAUUGCCCGUCAGAAUCCUCUCGUGGUUGAAGCCUGUCGCGAGAUCGGCAUUACCGACAUGGACAAUAUUUUUAUCGAAGCCUGGGCCAUCGACGUUGAUGAGCGCUGGGGAAAGGAUCGGCGCAUCCAGCGCGGCCUGGUCUUCUACCGCAAGUCGGCCAUGGACAACCAGUUCGCCCAUCCCCUCGACUUUUCAGUCGUGAUCGAUCUUGAGUCUGAGAAGGUUCUCGCGGUUGAUAUUCGUCGAGUGAACAACGGUGAACGCACAAAGCCUGAGUUGAAGGAACACAACUUCCUUCCCGAGUUUAUCGCAGAUGGCUAUCAGCAUGCUAGACUCAAGCCCGUCGAUAUCACCCAGCCUCAAGGAGUCUCAUUCCACAUGCGUGGAAACGAAAUCGCCUGGGCUGGCCUCAAGAUGCAUAUCGGCUUCAACUAUCGUGAGGGAAUUGUGCUCUCCGACGUUUCUGUCCACGACCCCUACGAGAACCGCCAACGAAGCCUGUUCAACCGUAUUAGUGUGGUCGAAAUGGUUGUCCCGUAUGGCAACCCCGAUCCUCCACAUCACCAGAAACAUCCUUUCGAUGUCGGCGAAUACGGAAUGGGUCUUAUGACCAACUCUCUUCAACUCGGCUGCGACUGCAAGGGUGAUCCAUUAUCUCGAUGCUAUCAUGGCUGUUUCCUCUGGCGACUCGGCCAUAACAACGGGCUUCUCUACAAGCAUACUGAUUAUCGUGAUGGAAGUGUUAUUUCGGCACGAGACCGAAAGCUCAUCAUCUCCCACUUCAUCACGGCGGGAAACUAUGAUUACGGCUUCUAUCAUACAUUUUCCCUUGAUGGUACCUACAAACUCGAUGUCAAGCUGACGGGUAUUCUCAACACCUAUUGCCUUCACCCAUCGGAAACCGCAGCGCCGUAUGGUACAGAGGUUGCUCCAUUCAUCAACGCUCACAACCACCAACACAUCUUCUCCCUUCGCGUUAACCCAGAAAUCGAUGGACCAAACAAUUCAGUGGUGCAGAACGAUGCUGUCUUGAGUGACAAACCUCUUGGUUCCGCAGGAAAUCUCUAUGGUAAUGGCUUUUUCUGCAAGAAGAAAACUCUACAGACUUCGACAGAGGGUGGUGCCAACUACUCGCACCAAACUGGCCGGACCUGGGAUAUCAUCAACCCCGGUAGUAGGCGCAGAGGCAAGCCUCCAGCAUAUAAGAUUAUCAACACCAGCUGCCCGCCUCUUCUAGCGCAGCAAGGAAGCAUUGUGCACAAGCGAGCUGCAUUCGCCCACAAGAGUCUAUGGGUCGUGCCGUACAGAGAUUACGAGGUCUUUCCUGCCGGAGACUAUGUCUGUCGAUCAACUGGGGAAACGGGUCAUCCGUUCAAUCAAACGAUUGAUGACUGGGUUAACCGCAACGAGACAAUUGAAAAUACCGAUAUUGUCUGCUACAUCCAAUUCGGUCUGACACAUUUCCCUCGCGCCGAGGAUUUCCCAGUCAUGCCAGUUGAACCGGUUUCUGUUAUGAUGCGGGCUUCCAACUUCUUUGAGAAGAACCCUGCUCUUUGGGUUCCUCCUUCAGCCAUCUGCGUGGACACUGUUUCGAGACAUGACUACAAGGCAGAGAAGGAGCCACUUCAAUCGUGCUGCUUGGGCUCUAGUACCUCCUCCAAGCUUUGA